AGAUAUGACAUAAUCAUGCAUUAACAUCUAAUUACGUGUCACAUCCCACCUUCAAUUCUACUCUAUAUAACAUCUCUCUCUCAACACAAAUCACCAUCAAUCUCUAUCCCUGAAAUUCCAAAAAUCCCAAAACACCAUUACCAUGUCAAGCAUCAAUACCAGCACUUUCACCAACCAACUACAAGAAAGCCAUGAUGAGGAUGAAGAGCUUGGGUACAAGGAGUGUCGUCGCAACCAUGCAGUGGCCCUUGGAGGAGCUUGCUACGAUGGGUGCAAUGAGUAUCUGAAACCAAGUUCCGACCAAACCUCGGAGGACGCUUUCCUCUGUGCAUGUUGUGGGUGUCACCGGAACUUCCACCGGAAACAGGAUCCCGUGCAACAAGCUGAAGCAGAGAGUAAUUAUGUUAUGGAUGUAGUUCCUGUUUCAGCGAGGCCUACCAACAACAACCCAGAGGCAGUGCAGCGAGUAAGGCCACUAAGGAGGAAGAGGACGACCUUCUCGGUGGACCAGAAGAAGCAGAUGACAAGGUUUGCUCAUAUUUUGGGGUGGAAACCUCACAAGGGUAACAGAGAGGAGAUUCAACGUUUCUGCACUGACAUGGGAAUCAGCCGCAAGAUCUUCGUCGUCUGGCUCAACAACAAUCGUCACCGUGCAAUCAACCACACAACUGAUCCAUCAACCAGUAAUUAGAGCCUCAACAAUAAUCGGUCUCGGCACUUGGCAUUAAAUAAGGAUUUCCCAAACCUUAUAGGAUUUAGUGUACUAUGAGUGUGAUCAUAAUUUGUUUGUUCAGAGUUUGGGUUGCUCUGUCUUAUGAUGUUUUUCUUAUGCAUGUUUGUUUGUGUUUUACCUUUGUUUUUUUUUUAUUUGCAUAUGAAGUGCCUUGACUUCUAAGUGUUUGAUAAUAGUGUGUAUGAAUUUAUAAAGGACUGAAUUGUAAUAUGUUUUUUCUUUCAUUAA